CGAAGGCGGGAGCCGCCAUUUUCUCGUCUCAGCCCUGCUCAGAGCCGGUGGUGGAAGCGGAGGAGCUGCUCGGUCUUGCGAGGAAGCGAGGACCCGGAAAUUUGUUGGAACCCUAUUCGUGAAGGAGGGAUGACAUGUAAUGGACCAGAUAACUGUGGAGCUUCUGCUACUCCAGAACACGAUCCUGACCAAGAGCUGGCUGAUGAGUGCGCCAGGCAACAAACAUUUAUCAGUUUCCCGAAUCACUGCCCUGUCUCUCCCUCAGAUCUAUCCCAAGCUGGUUUCUUCUACACUGGAGAGGGAGACAAAGUAAAGUGCUUCAGUUGUCACGCAACCAUAGAAGGAUGGCGACAGGGAGACUCGGCAGCUGAAAGACACAAAACCAUUUCUCCGAACUGCAAAUUUAUGAAUGACAUUAACUUUGGGAAGAACGACACACAUUCUGCCGUCCCAAAUUGUCUGCGCAGAACAGAAAAUUGCUUUGCAGUUAAUGCUCUCCAACCCCCUCUAGAUCCAUCCUCUGAUCUCUAUGCAGAUUAUCUGCUGAGGAGUGGGCAAGUGGUGGAUCUCUCAGGUUCUCUGUAUCCCAGAAAUCCUGCCAUGUGUAAUGAAGAAGCCAGGUUGAGAUCUUUUCACAACUGGCCGCCCUAUGCUCCUCUCACACCAAAGGAUCUGGCCAAUGCUGGACUCUAUUACACUGGCACUGAUGAUGAAGUUGAGUGCUUUUGUUGUGGGGGGAAACUGAAAAACUGGGAAUCUUGUGAUCAAGCUUGGUCAGAACAUAGACGCCAUUUCCCGAGGUGUUUCUUUGUCCUUGGUCGUGAUGUUGGAAAUGUUGCAAGUGUUCCAGAUCAGUCUGGUGAUGCUAAGGUGGACAGAAGUGAAAUUCGUAAUGACAACAUCAUCCACAAUCCAUCUAUGGCAGAUUAUGAAGCCCGAAUCAAGACAUUUGUAAUGUGGAGGUAUUUGGUUAGCAAGGAGCAGCUUGCCCAAGCAGGCUUUUAUAGCAUAGGCAAUGGUGACAACGUUAUUUGCUUUCACUGCGGAGGCGGCUUACAAGAGUGGAAGGCGGAUGAAGAUCCGUGGGAGCAGCAUGCGAAAUGGUUUCCUGGGUGCAAAUACCUGAUAGAAGAAAAAGGGCAAGAAUUUGUGAACAGCGUUCAUCUAACUAAUUCUCUGCAAGAUUCUACAAUAGAGGCUGAGGAGACAUCACCUAUUAAAGAUGAGGAACUCUUACAGAGCCCUGUAGUUCAGAAUGCAAUACAAAUGGGUUUCAGCCUGGAUGAAAUUAGAAAAGCUAUAGAAAGGAAACGCCACCUGUCUGCAGAAAGCUACAGAUCUGUCGAGGCUCUGGUCGCAGACUUAAUAAAUGCCCAGAAAGAAAAUAUACUCAGUGCAUCUUGGGAAAAAGAUCUCAGUACAGAAGAGAAGUUAAGACGUUUGCAGGAGGAAAAACUUUGCAAAAUCUGCAUGGACAAAACCAUCUCAGUUGCCCUCAUUCCUUGCGGACAUCUUGUUGCUUGUACGGAGUGUGCCGAAGCAGUUGACAAAUGUCCCUUGUGUUGCAGAGUUAUUGCACAAAGGCAGAAGAUAUAUAUGUCCUAAUCGAAAGCACCGUGCUAUGCAAAUUGAAAACUGUCCUUCCAUUACAAAGAUUGACCAUGUAUGCAAUGUUUAACACAGAAAUGGCUUGAAGGAAAGUAAGCUUUAAUUGAAUGCACUGAUCAGCUGUAUGAACCAUGGAGCUGCUAAAUUAUAUGCAUCUGACUUUUAGCCCUAAUAGCCUGAUCCUGGGAGCCACUUAAGAAGACAGGAGCUUGUAGAGUCUGGCGUCAGAAGCUUAUCCUCUGAUUAAGGCUGGGGCUCGACUCUCUCUGCCUUGGAACAGCUCUUCGUUGCAUCAACAUUGUUACCCAUCUUUUCCUCCCCUUUGCCAUUCAUGGUAUGCCCCGGUUUAAGGGUUCUAGAGAACUAGUUCUGAUUGAGAUAAUAAGCCCAUGUCUAGGUCUUUGCCAUUGUAGGUGGGGAUUCACAUGACCUUUUUGUAUGAAAGAUCAUUCUCUGAUGUCUCCCUUAACUGCAGUGUGAAGAGCAGACACAGUUAUCUCCCCCACCCCACCCCUGUGAAAAGUAUGCAUUAGUUGCCCUGAAAGUCUGGCCAAAAUCCUACCCACCUGAGUAAUGAUGGGAAGGGUUUUCAAGAAUGUUUCACAUGAAAAGGAGGGAGGUGGUAAACCUACAUGGCUUUUUUGCUGCUUGGUUUGCUGCUUCAGCUGCAGCAACUCAAACUUCUUGUGUUUUGGAGUCAGGUUGCACCUCAUCUAUCUGUCUUGUAGAAGUGAAAAGCUUAUUCAAUAUCAACACUAUUCCUAAGUUAUAGUGUACGAAGACAGAUAUUUGUGCCACUAUUAUUAUACUACCAAAUAUUACACUAAAAUAAGUUGAGUGGCCGAAAGAUUGCUCAGAAUCCAUACAUGUGGCUCGUAGAUAACAAACUGUAAAGUAAGUGGAAACUGAAUGAGUAUCUAAAAAGGCUAAUGAGCAAGGCAGCCCACUGCUUUAAUGUUACUCUGGAUGUUGGGCUAGAAUUUGAAGGCUUGAUCACCUGCCGUGCUUCUCCGUCUUGUUUCAGAAAGAGUAAAUGAGCUAGAGGAAUAUGUUAACAAAGCGUAAGGUAAAUGAAACAUUAUUUAAACGGUGUCCCUGUUACAUACUCAUCAGAGAAUAGCAAAGAUAAUGUUUUGUGGAUUUCAGAAUGAUGGAUUUUGUUGUUUUUAAUUCUUAUGACUCCUUAAUCUCCAGUCAUGGCGGAGUUGCUACUGCUCUAGUUUGGAAUACUCUCAUCUACUUUAGUGGGUGUAUUCCAGAGGAAGUAGCUCUUUUACCAGCAUUUUCAGCUAGUAGUGCUGCUAGACCUUGUGGUAGCUGAUUCCCCCCCAUUAACUUGUAUUUUAUUACUGGCAUCAUGCUUCUUUGUGAUUUUUUAAUUUUAUUUUUUGAGAUCUGAAAUGCUAUAUUUUAUUUUGAGAUCUGAAAUGCUAUAUUUUAUGUAUUUAUUUAUUUUAAAACACUUUCAUACCAUUUUCCAGUCCUAACAAAGACCCCCAAAGCAGUUUCCAUAACAACAAUUCAACAAUAACAUGAUAUGCUAUAAUCAUGCUGCUUAUUAUAUCUGUAGAUCCACAUGCACACUUUCUGAAGGGGCGUCCUAAAGACACUAACUUGUACUACGGACCUCAUUGCAUUAACUAGAAGAACACUAUGGUGACAAUCCUGCCCCAAGUUGUACUUUUGUAACUCCCGUUAAGGGGCUUAUUUAUGAAUAAUUGUAGGGCUGCAGUCUUGGGACCUGUUUCAGAAUGCUGCUAUGUCCACAGAAACGCUUCCUUUUGAACUACCCAAAGGAGCAGCAUAGUCUGGCCAAGAAGUCUGUGAGCCCCAGAAAUGGCUACAGUUUGACAAGUAGCAAACUAGACAAGCAGCUUAGGCUUUAAAUGUAUAUGCUAGUUUGUUUAAAAACAAACAGAAAACAAAUAGCUUAAAGUGUGCAAUAAUCAAAUGCACUUUUGCAUCACAUUUGAUUUUCCACGUGUUUUUUUGCAUCACUUUUUUUUAAAAAAAGUUUUCCACUUACUUUAGUUCUCUAAAAAUCACAUGUAUUGGGUGCAAUCCACAUAAUGCUGCUGUUCAUCCUCACUUUAUUUCAGUGAGGCUUGUGUAAGAGUACAGCCCAUCAACAUGUAUUAAGACACAGCAUCAACAGUGCUGGAUGGAUUUCAGUCUUAGUUUGCAAUUUAUCCAUCCAUCCAUCCAUCCAUCCGUACUAUUUGUUACAACUUUGCAGCUUUCAUUCUGAUCCACUGGUGUUAACAGCAUAAUAAGAAAACAUUAUUACAUGUGAAAGACUUCCAUGACACUUUACAGUAGUCCAUUUCUUUCACUUUGUUUUCUUUAAAAAAACACCCCACACGAAUCAUUAAAAUUGAGAGCAUCUUUAGACUAUGCAUAUUUUCUAUACCUGUGAAUAAUAACACACAAAAAUAGAUUUGGAAUCAAGCCAAAUAAUGACCUUGGGUGUAAAUAUUGUUGAUCCUACAGAAUAAAUAAUGGUUUUCCCCCUUUGGGUAAAAGCUUUGAGUUGAGUAAACAUAUUCCAAUGUAUUGGCAGAAUUUAUUUUUUUAGAAGUAUUCUAAUCAUGUGAUACAACUUAGAGCUGUUUUGCAAUUUUACUUUGACAUUUUUUAAAUAAAGUGAUUUUUCUUACAUAUUGAAA